CACUGACCGCAGUGGGGACAGAGGGCAGAGCCAUGGCGGCGGUGGCAGCAUCGGGACAGCUGACUCAGAACCCCCUGCAAAAAGUUUGGGUUCCCCUUAGCUUGCCUCGUCUGCGGCGGCGAGGAUCAACUGUACCCCAGUUCACCAACUGCCCCACCAUGGUGAUCCUGGUGGGGCUGCCGGCCCGCGGCAAGACCUACAUCUCCCGCAAGCUCACCCGUUACCUCAAUUGGAUCGGCAUGCCGACACGGGUGUUCAACGUGGGGCAAUACCGGCGCGAAGCAGUGCAGAGCUAUAAGAACUACGAGUUCUUCCGCCACGAUAACGAGGAGGCCAUGCAGAUCCGCAGGCAGUGUGCGCUGGCUGCACUGCAGGACGUCCGCACCUAUCUGAGCUCUGAAGAGGGGCAGGUGGCGGUGUUUGAUGCCACCAACACGACGCGUGAGCGCCGAGCCCUCAUCCUGCAGUUCGCAAAGGAGAAUGGCUACAAGGUCCUGUUCGUCGAGUCCAUCUGUGACGACCCUGCCAUCAUCGAGGAGAACAUCAAGCAAGUGAAGCUGAGCAGCCCUGACUACAAGGGCUGCACCCCGGAGGAAGCGGUGGCCGAUUUCUUGCAGCGCAUCGAAUGCUACAAAGCCACCUACGAGCCCUUGGACGAGCAGCUGGACAGCGGGUUGUCUUACAUCAAGAUCUUCGACGUGGGGGUGCGGUACCUGGCGAACCGGGUGCAGGGCCACGUGCAGAGCCGGACGGUGUACUACCUGAUGAACACGCACGUCACGCCGCGCACCAUCUACCUGAGCCGCCACGGGGAGAGCCAGCUCAACCUGUGGGGACGCAUCGGGGGGGACGCCGGGCUGUCCCCCCGUGGGCGCCAGUACGCCCAGGCCUUGGCCGAAUUCAUCCGGAGCCAAAGCAUCCGGGAGCUGAAGGUGUGGACGAGCCACAUGAAGCGCACCAUCGAGACGGCCGAGGCGCUCGGCGUGCCCUACGAGCAGUGGAAGGCGCUCAAUGAGAUCGA